AUGAAAGAGGAUAAUCCUCAAAGCCUGAACUACAAGGCCGCCCUGGCUGGUGCUGGGGGCGAUACAUCGCCCAAGCGGAGUGCCUGGACAUUUGUGGGCUCUCAUGAUAUAGAAGCUGGAUCUUUCAAUGGAGAACCGGAGCUGAAGAUCUCCCCUGGUUUCAAAGAGAGAUUAUGCAUUCCUUGGAAGAAGAUGCUAGUUCUCCAUCUUUUGGGCCGAUCAGUCUCUUACACCUAUAUGUGCUCCCAACUUAGGUGGAAAUGGAGACCAGCGGGCAAUCUGGAUAUCAUGGAUCUAAAUAACCAGGCUUUCUUGGUGACGUUUAAUAAUGAUCAGGACUAUCUUCAUGCGCUGACAGGAGGUUCGUGGACAAUCCUAGAUCAUUAUCUCCUUGUUCACGAAUGGUCUCCAAGUUUCAUAACAUCUGAUCAGCCUUUCAAAUCGGUGGUAGCAUGGGUUCAAUUUCCUGAACUCCUUGUCCAUUUCUACCAUCGGGAAGUGUUGUUUGCCCUGGGGAACUUAAUCGGCAGGACCAUCAAGCUAGAUUACCAUACUGAACACCUGGAGAGGGGAAAAUUUGCUCGGCUAGCUGUUGAAUUGGAUAUGACGAAGCCUCUCGCUACCAGAAUUCGGCUGGAUGGAGCUUGGCAGCAGGUUACUUACGAGAACUUGCCCCAAAUCUGUUUUGAAUGCGGCAGAAUCGGGCACAAUGAGGACCGCUGCUCGAAGAAACUGGGAGCAAGCUCCCCGUUGACGGUGGCGAUGGAGACGAACUCUGAAGCACGAUCAUCGGAACAGCCAUCGGAGCCUCCGCCGGCUACGGGCCAUGGAUGCAAGUGA